AUGGACGUUUUUGCCCCAAAAGACGACCAAUGCGACCGGCUCAAGACGCCCUCGUAUCUUGAGCUUGUCGUUUCUAUCGUCCUCUUACUCGGCAUUCUCGUGUCCUACCUCCCUCAGCAUUAUCGCAUUAUCUCCCGAGGCACCUCCGAAGGUAUCUCACCUUACUUUGUAUUGCUUGGAACCACUUCCGCUACUGCCGGUUUCGCCAAUAUCCUUACUGUCCCACCGUCUCGUGCUGCCAUAGGAUGCUGCAAAGAGCUCGGUAGAUUCGAGUGCGUCGCCGGUCUGCUCGGCGUUGCCCAGCUAGGCGCUCAAUGGGUCUGCUUCAGCCUCAUUCUUGUCCUAUUCCUCAUCUUCUUCAGAUACAGAGAAGCCAAUGUUCCACCAGAGGAUCUUCGUGGCGAUGCACCCAGAUGGCAGACCGCUGUCAUGGUUGGACUACUCUGUGUCCUUCACGGCCUCAUUGUGGUUAUCCUGACGGGUGUCUUUUUUAUUGCUCUGCCCGAUCAUCUCGUUUUCUGGGCAAACUUUUUGGGAAUCAUGGCCACAGUCCUGGCCGCUAUCCAAUACGUGCCUCAGAUCUGGAUGACAUACCAUUUGAAACAUGUUGGCAGUCUGAGCAUCCCCAUGAUGUGCAUCCAGACGCCCGGUGGCUUCUUAUUCGCAGGAAGCCUUUUUGCCCGCCUGGGCUGGGAAGGAUGGAGCACAUGGUUCAUCUACUUGAUCACUGCAUCUAUGCAGGGAGCAGUCCUAUUCAUGGGUGUUUAUUACGAAUACAUGGCGCGGCAGCAUGGCGGUCAUGCCAACGGCCACAUCGACAGCGCACCACACUCACCAGUGCAGUACUCGAGCGCGCCCCGAAGGCCCCCGCCAGGCAGCAGGACCUAUUCUGAGGGUUGGGAGCGUGGUCUUCCAGGACCUUUCACCGGUCACCCGGAGAGAUACGCCGAAACGGAGGAGGACCUGCACGAUAUCCAAGAGAGAGAAGAGCGUGCUAUCGAGCGGGAGAGCCAACCGUUGUUAAAACCUGGCGGUAUUGGCAACCCUCAUAGGACAUACGACGCCACCGCCGAACACUGA